CUGUGCUCUCCACGCGCCUCUUUCUUUCCCCACACGCCCCCCUCCUCCCUUGUUCAAUUUCUCAGAUUCUUCUCUCGUCGUCAAUAAGCUUUUCUUAUUUCUUCUUCUUCUCUAACUCCUUCUCAAAUCCUCUACAAUAAUAAUUCCCGACGAGCUUCUUCACCGGAGAAAGAUAGAAAGGUGACUUGACAGAGAAUCUUACGUCUCUUACAAUUGGUUAAGGAUGGUAUCGAAAUCUCCUUCUACAUUGUCUGAUGAAGCAAAUGCUCCUACUGCUGAUGAAAGUGUGUAUAUACAAAACAGGUGUAAAAAAGGUCAAGUACCCAAAAGGAUUAACAAGGCUGUUCGUGAGAGGCUUAAGCGUGAGCAUUUGAAUGAGCUUUUCAUCGAAUUAGCCGAUACCCUUGAACUGAAUCAACAGAACAGUGGGAAAGCUUCCAUACUAUGUGAAGCUACUAGAUUCCUGAAGGACGUCUUUGGUCAAAUUGAGUCUCUUAGAAAGGAGCACGCUUCUCUCCUCUCUGAAUCUAGCUAUGUAACCACAGAGAAGAAUGAGCUGAAGGAAGAAACUUCAGUGCUCGAGACCGAGAUCUCGAAACUACAGAGCGAGAUAGAAGCAAAAGCGAAUCAGUUGAAACCCGACUUGAACACCUCUCAUGCACCCGCGUACCACCAUCAUCUUUAUCAACAACAACAACAACCACAUCCUGAACUUGCAUCUCAGUUUCCAGGACUUCCCAUUUUCCAAGGACCUGGUUUUCAACAAUCUGCUGCAACUCUUCAUCCUCCUGCAACAGUUCUUGUCCUUCCCAUCCAACCUGAUCACCAGACACAAGAUAUUUCAGACAUGACAGGGCAUGUGCAGACACAAACGCAUAUAAUUUAUAAUAAUACCUCAAACGUUGUGAGUAAGCCGUGUCCAAGGUAUGCUAGUGCAGCUGACUCAUGGUCUUCUCGACUACUUGGAGAGCGGCUGAAAACCAAUGAAUGAAGUCUUGGGUGGCUACACAAGAAGUAGCAACACGAGGGUUAACACAGGAAACAGAGACAGGGCAACUUGUGCAAAAGGACCCUGGUUUUUGUAAUUUUUUUUUAACAUCGUCUAAUGUCCUUGUGGGUUUGGCCUUGGCCAUUUCUUGUUGGUUUGUUCAUAGGAUAAGGAAGCUAUGGCCUUUAUGGGUCGUUUGAGAAAGGAAAUAAGUAUAUUAGCUCUAACCUUUGUCA